AUCUUGAUAGAAAUGGUAUUAGGUAGUUGUAAUGGAACGCGUAUUUUUCAGAGCUUCGAGCGAAUUUCGCAUUGUGCCGAACGCCUGGCAUAGUGGAUUUUGUCAAUGAUUGCUGGUAUCAAAACGGGUUCUUUAAUAGAAAAUUUCAGCUCAGAAUUUGGAUACAGUUUUACUCAACAAUGCGAAUACCAAAUGCUGGCUUUAAAUUACACAAAUUGAUUUUAUUAGAAGCUGCAAUGUCCCGGCUUCUGCAAUUAUGCCUUUUAUUAAGCCUGCACGGCUGCCUUUGUCAAACGGCAGACGAAUCCGAAGCGCCAAAUGCUCCAGAAAACCUUCCUGCUACUCUCCCAUCGCCAUUGGACGACUGCGAUCCCGAAAUGAUCGGAUUUGAAUUAAUCACCGGCAACGUGUUUUCGGCGCCUGGAAACGUCUUGGACUCCAUACCCGGCACGCUCAUGUUGACAGAUUGUCUGGAAACCUGCCAAGGCAACGAAAGCUGCCAGAGCGUCAAUUACGAAACGGGACUGUGCGUCUUGUUCAGCAGCAACGCUGAUGUUCUUCCUGGUGCUCUUACUCGUUCGCAGUUCCCCGUUUUCACGAUCUACGCGCAGAAGAGCUGCCUGGGGGUGAAGCCCUGCGAGCGCGCCUGGUGCAUAGACCGCGUUCAGAACCACCGAUUGACAGGCUACAUCAGCGACCGGCAAACGGUCAGCUCGCGUCAGGAGUGUCUUGAAUUGUGCCUGGGGGAGAACGAAUUCUCUUGCAGAUCUGCUAAUUUCAACAACAACACGGGAGUCUGCGAAUUGUCGAACAUGGACAGAAUGACCCUGGCCGGAAGUCCUGCUUUCCAACCAGCCGAAGGUUUCGAGUACAUGGAGAACAACUGCAUCGACGAACCCACCAAGCUCUGCGAAUUCAAAAAACUCACCGGAAGGAUCCUAAAAACCGUGGACUCCGUCUACCAGGACGUCGGCUCCGUCGAUGAGUGCAGGGAACUCUGCUUAAACAGCCCGUACAGAUGCCACUCCUACGAUUACGGCGACACCGGCGAGAUGGUUUGCAGAUUGAGCCAUCAUUCUCGCGCCACUUUAUCCGAUAUACAAGAACCGUACCUAGAAGUUCCCGAAGCCGCUACUUACGAACUGUCUUCGUGCUAUAAUGUAAGCAUCGAUUGUCGCUCCGGUGAUAUGGUAGCCAAGAUUCAAACCAGCAAAUUGUUCGAUGGAAAGAUAUACGCUAAAGGUAGCCCCAAUUCAUGCGUAAGGGACGUCAACAACAGCCUGGAAUUCGAAUUGAACAUGGCGUACGAUAACUUGGAAUGCAACGUUAGGAAGAACGGUCUUGGAAGAUAUAUCAACGAUGUUGUGAUCCAGCACCACGAUAAGAUUGUUACAAGCAGUGAUCUCGGUUUGGCCGUUACUUGCCAGUACGAUUUAACGAACAAGAGCGUUACGAACGAAGUCGAUUUGGGUGUACAUGGAGAUAUUACUCCAGCUCUCUCGGAAGAGGUUACAGUCGAUUCGCCGAACGUGGCGAUGAAGAUAACGGACAGAAACGGGGAGGACAUGAAGCAAUCGGCCGAAGUGGGCGAUCCCUUGGCCCUCAAAUUCGAAAUAAUGGACAAGAACAGCCCGUACGAGAUAUUCGUGAGAGAACUGGUGGCCAUGGACGGUGUAGAUUCCAGCGAAAUUGUUCUAAUCGAUUCCGAUGGUUGCCCCACCGAUCAUUUCAUUAUGGGACCUAUUUACAAAUCGGCAUCGAGCGGAAAGAUAUUGUUGUCGCAUUUCGACGCGUUCAAGUUCCCUUCGUCCGAAGUGGUGCAAUUCAGGGCUUUGGUGACGCCUUGCAUGCCGACUUGCGAGCCCGUUCAGUGCGAUGAGGAGGAACCAAACGGCGAAUUGCGGUCAGUGGUAUCGUACGGUAAACGCAGAAGACGUCGUUCGACGAGCCUCUCCCACGAAGACAUGCUGCUGGUCCAGUCCAUCCAAAUAACAGACAAGUUCGGUUUCGAUAAAGACAACAAGUCGACGAGCAUCGGCAACGAAGCUGUGUACAUUCCCGGCGAUACUGGUUUCUGCAUCAACGUUGCCGGACUUAUCGUGGCCGUAACGGUAUUCCUGUCGGCCCAGCUGGCCGUUAUCGCUGCGUGGACCUUCAUUUGGCAGCGCCGGAAACUGAUCAACAAGCUAGAUGAUAAUAUGUCGGUUAGCGUGAGCAUACCCUCGCAGCUCGCUGGAAGCCGUACAGAUAGCUUGUGCAAAUUGUACGAAAAUAACGGUUAUACUCACUCCCGCAGGUUUUAGAUAACGAAGCGUAGUCCGGUUUUUUUUUUUUCGUUUUACUACUAGAGAAAUUGACAAAGUGGUGCUUUUUUGUUUUCACGGCUGGCGAAACGAUGAAGACAAAAAUUAAUUAGUUAUAUCGAUAUAUUAUUUUCCUUAAUUAAUUGCUUUUAAAGUAACGUUGUAUUAUCAUUUAGCAGCUAAUGAAAGUACCAAUUUGUUGUUUCGAUAAUAAUAGGUGACAGCGAAUUCUUAAGCGAAGUGUUUUCCUUUGACGAUUUUUCGAUAAAAUGUUUCUUUUGGUCAAACCAAAACUAGGCAUAUAAUGAUAUACGAUUCUACUCGUAUAUAAGUAUGAUUUAACAAAAUCAAAAUUCUUUUAUAAAGGCG